CACGCAACACCCUCAUAAAUAAAUACUCUUGACAGCUCCUGCCAGAGGAACGGAAGCACGCUAAAGCAAUGGCACGGUCACAGGUUCAGUGCCUUGAUGACAAUCACAUCAACUUUCGCACUAAUGUCUCAAAGCCAGACUUCUUCUACAGCGAGGAGCAAAGACUCGCGCUGGAGACACUCAUACAAAGCGGACGGGACGCCUUUGAGGAUCACAUUAAAACCAACAACAUUCGCUGUUUUCUAUCGGACCUUGAACUUGAGAGGAUUCUUAACACUGCGGAAGCGUAUUGCCCGGGUUACCCUGAAAAUAAUGCUGAACUUAACGGACUCAGUGAUGAGGAAGAAUUUUCUCUCCAGUACUGGCCGGACCGAUCAGACUGUUCUAUCCCACAGCUGGAUAUCGGAUGGCCAGACUGGACGUCCUACCGUGGCGUAACCCGUGUUCAAGUGUACACUCAACCCCCUUAUGAGGGUCAAUCACAUAUUAAAGAAGUCGUUAGGAAGAUGAUCGCCCAAGCACAUAAGGUCAUUGCAAUUGUCAUGGACUUGUUUACGGAUAUUGACAUCUUCAAAGAUCUCUUGGACGCAAACUACAAGCGGAAGGUUGCUGUGUACAUUAUGCUAGAGCACACUGGUGUAAAGCACUUCCUGAGAAUGUGUGAGAAAGUGGGCAUGCACACAGGACAUCUCAAGAAUUUGAGAGUGCGCAGCAUCAGAGGGGCAGAAUUUUUCAGUCGGUCUUCAAAGCGAGUGUGUGGAAGCCAAAAUCAGAAGUUCAUGUAUAUUGAUGGAGACAAAGCUGUCUCAGGGUCAUAUAGUUUCACAUGGACUGCCUCCAGGCUGGACAGAAACCUCAUCACUGUGAUCACAGGCCAUGCAGUUGACACAUUUGACAGAUUGUUUCAAGACAUGUAUGUGAUGUCUAAUGAGGUGUGCCUAAGCAAAAUUAAUUUGAGCAGUAAGCCUGAACCUGAGAUCCGCUCUCAGACAGUACCCACUCCAUUUCCCUCAGCCACUAUGGCUCUCAAACUCAUUAACCCUAAAUACUCUUUGGUCUGUGCCGUCACCACCAAUGAACCUGUGUCUGACCAGACGAGUGCCCAGAACAGCAACACCAAGGAUCAGAUGGAAGCCAUCGAUCAAAUCAAAGAUACACCACUAAUGCUACCAGUACACCCGGGACUGCACAACCUGGAAAAGGCAAACAUGAUCCAUUAUCUGCCAACCUGGCCUGAUCCUGAGCCACCGAGUGAUGUCAUUGGUUUCAUUAAUAUAAGAGACUCCAACAAGACAUUGCAAGCUCACCUUAUGCGUUCAGAGCUCUUUGAAGUCUCUCAAGCCAUCCGAUUCAAGGAACCUUUUCGUGAGCCUAAAAAGCCUUUAUGUGUGAGUGCUUGUCCCAGUCCCAAAUCCCAAACCCCCUCUGAUCCUGAAGCUCCAGCUCAGGAGCAAGCGCAUACAGAACCCCAGAUUAGGUCAGAGGAAACACAGAAGCAUUCUAAACAUUUUGAUCAAAAUCAACAUCAAAACACUAGCCAGAGCGAGGAUCUUAUCUUGCCUCUACAAUCUCCAAAGCCUGAAAAGGUGCAUGUGCUUACCUGUUAUAAAGACGAUAAAGAAGCCCCAUUUGUGACAAAUAAAGAGCUGAACUAUUUUCCAAAUUCAAUUUUCUCAUCUGCUAAAGAUGAUAAAUUCUCAGAUACAAAGCAGACCCUGGAUACUCCACAAUCUCUGAAAUGUCCUGCCCUAAACCCAAACCAUUUUGACUUGAAAUUAUCAUUACCAGUGUCCAAUACAACUCAAUGUGAUUCAUUUGCACAUCAAGAAAGCAUCACUAUUCAACAAACCUUAAAUGACAAAGUCAUUUUUGAUAUUGCCACCGAGGACCACAGAGAUACAAAACUAGAGUUAAAAAUAAACGAAAUACACCAAAACUGGAAUGAUAUACAGAUUUCUAUCUGUGACUCUACCUUCUCAUUGUCUGAUGAAUACUUUGAGUGUAUUGGCCCUAUAGCUGACUCAAAGUCUGAAGGAGACCUGGAAUCUCUGCGUAAUCAGAUCAAAAACAUUCAUCAAAAGCAGGAAUUGCCUUCCACGACAGCUCAAGACAGUACAGUCUGCUCAGAUGAUCAACUAACCUUGAUUAUUCCAAAACUUUUGAAAUCCUCUUGCAGUACUCCAUUCAAUUUCUCAUCAAAAAGGUUUAACACUACAAUCCCAACUUCACCUUCCAAAACCACCUCUGACCAAGCAAGUUUAAGCAACUACUAUUGUGCACCGACUUCUAACGGUGGUUUCAACUUCUCUUCAACUUCUGAGGAAUACUUUGAGUGUAGUGACAUGGUGGAUUUUGAGUCAGAGUUUGACGGGAUGAUUCAUGAGAUGGAACCAAACGUACUGCUCAUUGAGGAGGACUUGAACAUAAAUGCACUAAAUGACAUGGUCAACGACUCCAUGUCCUCUGUAUCACAGCAAAUACAGAAAUUGUCGGAAAUGACCAUACAGAAAGCUGAGAAACAGUACAACUCUGAGCCAAGCUAUGAGAACAUGAAAAGUCAGUCUGGAUCACAAGAACAGCCAGAAGUCACACACAUAAUAGAAACUCACAUAGAUUACAACAACUCGAGGGUAGUUUUACAAUCUAAAGAUAAUAAUCAAGCUCAACUGAAUGAGAAAGUUAAAUCAGGGCCAAUACUAGAGAGUGAGUCACCAAGUAAAUCUUUGCCAGAACAUGAGAUAAAUACACCUGAGAUGUUAGAGAUACUGUCUGAAGGACAAUCUGUACUGUUAGCUGAGAAAACUAAAAAUACGCUACUACAGGACUCACAGCCCCAUGAAUGCCUGGAUAUGAUAUGUGCUUCCAUCCUCAGACCUUCAGAAGCGAAUGUUGUCAGCAAAUCACAUUCGACCACAGAUAGUGAAUCUGUCCAGAGCUCAACUUUGCAGGAUAAAGCAGCUUUAACUUCUGUAAUCCCAGAGAUGACAGCUGUGACAAAGUCUGUAGAAUCACACAAGAGUGAGGAACUGCAAAACUCAUUAGCUGAUUUACAUUCUGGAUCAAAUCAUUCAUCCAGCCUUGAGGAAGCUGAGAAAAAGCGCAACUCUGAUCCAAGCUAUCAGAACAUGAAAGCAGUUGAUGAACCUAAAAUGCAGUCUAGAUCACAGGAACAGACUGCAAUUCAACACGCAAUAGAGACGAUGGCUCACAGUCACUUGCAGGCAGACUCUCGAGUAGUUUUUUGGUCUGAAGAUGAUACUCAAUUGGAUGAAAAAGUUCAAAGACUUCAAACACAAGAGCCUGAAAUUAAAUCAGGGCCAAUAGUAGAGAGGGAGUCACUCUGUAGCUCUGUGCCAGAAAAGAUAAAUACACCUCGGAAAGUAUUAGAGAAACCGGCCAAAGGACAGUUAGGUGAGAAAACUGAAAAAACACCAAUGCAGCACUUAGAAUUUGGGGUACGUCUAGAUUUAAUAUGUGAGGGACCGUUGGUACAGGUAGCUGAGAAAAUUGAAAAACUGCCACUACUCAAACCGUAUGUUGUCGGCAAAUCACAGUUGGCAACAUACAGUGAAUCUGUCAGGAGCUUGACACUGCAGGAUGUAACCCCUGUAGUAACAAAGAAAAUUGUGGUGACAAAGUCCAUAGAGUUGCAUAAGAACAUUGAUGAACUGCAAAAGUCAUUGGCUGAUUUAGAUUCUGGAUCAAAUCAUUCAUCCAACCUCAAAUCUUCAGACCAGGUGAAUGAAGAAAUAAGGUUGCAAAAGGGUGAGGUCAGCCAUCAAACAGUGUUAAAGAGAAAAUGUGAGGAAGACAGUCCAAUAGAAGACUCUCUGAAAAUGCCCAAACAGUUUGAAUCUGUUGAGCUGUUGAUUGUAGAGGAGUCUGAUAUCCAAGAGACUACCAAGAACCAUUGUGAUCACAAAAGAACAAGAGCUACAAUGAGCAAAGAAAAAAGACUGAGCAAACCUGAGCCUACAGAGCUUAAGAUCAUCAAUAAUGGAAAGCAAAUAGAUAAUAAGCUAGAUCAUGAUCUUUACAGUAAGUUUGGAAAGAAAACUUGUCACUCAACAGCUCUGGUUGAGGAGAGCCAAGAAGGGGAGCAUAUUUGUGCAAAUCAAGUAAAAAAGAACCUGCCAGAGGCAAAACCCAAGCUGGAGUGUCCAGUUAGGAAGCAACCACGUCAAGCACCAACCCGAGAAAGACAAGCCAGAGGAGGCUUAGCUAAAUUACCCAUCACCAAACCAGACAGUAGCAAUCGCUCACUUAGGCCUCCAGUCCCUAAAGCUGGAACAUACAAAAACUCACCUGGAAAACCUCUGGGGCAGAAUAAGCCUAGCAUUACUGCUUCUCCAUCUCCUGAAAAAUUGUCCACAGGAGGAACCGCUACAUUUAGGUCAACGCACAUGCAGCAAAGACCCCCUUGGACAGUCAACACAUCAAUAGGUCCCAUCUCUCCCCCAAAACAGCCUCAGGUCAAGCUGAAUAAACCUAAGAUCAGGCAAUCAGAUGAGGCAAACUCUAAGAUACAUUCUGCAUCCACAACAAAGCGUAGUUGUAAGUCUUUUGGAAUUUAGCUUCCAAGACAAAUAAAGAACUUGAAGCAAACAUUUAUAAAUAAAAAUCCUCCAUGCAACUAGAAAAAGGCAACUUGAAAAGAAAAAGAGACAAAGUUUAAAGCUGUUAGAUGGCAUGCAAUGUGAAAAAAAUGAAACCAUAAAAAACUUGACACAUCUGCAUUCUGUUAUAUUCAGUGUGUUGCGUCUAGGUUAUUGCAAAAAUGCAUUUGAUCUGAACAGACUCUUUAUCAAAAUCAAACUAUUUGAUUUUCAUUUUGCAUAUUUAUAUCUGUGAGUGCAACAAAUGUAAUGAUUUGCAAUAGAAAACUGUACUUAGUAAGGGUACUUUUUUUGUUGUUUUUCUUUUUUUAUUGUUUUAUGUAGCUGAAGUCACAGACCUGCAUUAUAUGUUUUUUCCCAUUUACCUAAUGGCAUAACUGUGCCCUCUCAUAAUGCACCAAAUGAAACAUGGGUUUUCCCUGCACAAACAGGUUUUAUUUUUACUUCAACAAAAUGUUGCAUGAAAUUUAUCGGCACAAACAGCCGUAUGAUUGUCACUAUUUAUAUGUAAAUCUUCUAUUUCCUCAUUCAUCUUAAUGGAAAUAAAAUUCACAGCUCACACAUGAUCUAUUAUGCCUUCUCCAUAUACAAAAUUUUAUGGCUCGUGCCCCAGUUAAAAGGAUCUACCGAUGCCUACUGCUCCAGACUGCAUUUAUAUAAAGGCCAGACACUAAAGACUGUUCUCUUGUAGAUUGAUUUGUUUAAUUAUUGACACAUAUCUUCCAAGACAGUGUUUGUUUUGUUGCUGCUGGUCAUAUUUGAAGAUGUUUUAAUCGUCACGUUGACAACUGAAAAUGUUUUUUUCAGCUGACUGCACAUUUGUAUAGACAUACUGUGCUGUAGUGCUACAAAGAGGUUAUAAAGUAAUUUCCAGAAGCUUUGUACUGUGUUUUACAUGGAAGUUAGAUUAGUCAUCUGCAUGUCUU